GAUUAAAGACAAACAACAUAUACAUAAUUUUUUUCGCCAGAAGAAUAAAUAAUUUUUGAUUAUGAUUUCGUUCAUCAUUGAUGUAUGGUUUUUACUGAUGAAUGUGUACAUUUUGGAUUCGAAAAAUAUAACAAAAAAAAUAAAAUGUUCAUUCGACGACCAAAAUUAUCAUCAGUAAAUGUACAUGGUGAUCUUCAACAACAACAUCAUCAUGAAAACAUUGAAUGUUUAACAUUUCGAACAAUUUCUAAACAUUUCAUUUUAAUCAAUGUGAUAAUAUUCACCAUGUUAAAUUAUUAUUCUGGUAAUCUAUUGUUGAUCAAUGCAGCUAAAUUAACAUUACAACAACAACAUUCAAAAAUUGCCGAACAUCGUUUGAUAAUGCAAGAUCGUGCUAUACUACACAUAAAUCUUAUGAAUACUGUUGGUCUUUGUCGUGAUCCACGGCCAUUAAUUGUCUAUCCACCUGCAUCGACAAAUAAAAUUUUCUAUCCACGUGGAACAAUAAUCCACCGUUGUACGGAUCAAACAGGCUGUUGUCCAAAUCCCGGUGAAUUAUGUAGACCAGAAACGGUGGAAAAUGUGGAGAAAGUAUUUUUCGUUAAUUAUUUUAUGCUCGGACAACAAGUGUCCGCUGGUCAACGUAUUGCACCACGUUUGAAAGCAAUGAAAACAAAUUUUACAACAAUGACCGAAACGGUAACAUUCGUCAAUCAUACAUCAUGUAAAUGUAUACGAUUAGCACCGAAUACGAUUGAACAUGAUGAUAUACAAUCAGUGAUUAGCCGUCCAUUGAUUACAACGAAUAUUCCAUUACAAACAAAUUCAAUUCUUUAUCAUCUAAUUGGUUCAUUAUCCAUUUUAGCGAUCAUAAUAAUAUUGUUUUUCAUCUAUAAAUUCAUAUGUAUUCAUAGUUCUAGACUUCGAAAUGGUCAACUUGUUUAAUGAUAAUAUCAUAACAUAAAAUGAUCAUGAUAUUUUUGCGUA